AGCCACAAUUUACAAAGAACGCCCGGGGAGAUAGGCCGAGAAACAAGUGCCACCCAAAUCUCCGAAGACAAGGCUUACUCCCUAUGGUUCCUCAAAUUGAAGUUUCCUGAUGCUCGUUUAUGCGAACAGUUACCUGAAGUGUGGGAUAUUUGGAGUUUCACACUUUCAUAAGAAAGAUUGUCACUUUUCCAUUAGAAGAACAUGGAGCUUAAAUUGUUUGCCAGCUCGUGUGGAUGCACUUCAUCUGACUAGACGCAUAGGUGUUGUAUAUACAGUCAUGUCAUCUAAAGUCAUGGAAAAGAUGGGAAACAAUGUGGUUGUGAAGGAGGACUUGCAAGAUUUUGAUGUUCCAUAUUCAUACGAAACUGCCAUGGAAGCACUUUCCUCUCUCAUUACACGUAAGAAACGAGGAGACAAAUCAUUUGUUGGUGGUACAUAUGGAAAAUUGGAAAGAAUGUCCGAGUAUCUCAAGAUCCUUGGCUUGGAAGAACAUAUGGAUGGGCUCAAAAUAAUCCAUGUGGCUGGAACUAAGGGGAAGGGUUCUACAUGCACAUUCUGUGAGGCUGUUUUAAGGGAGUGUGGUCUGCAAACUGGACUCUUCACCUCCCCUCACUUAAUUGAUGUGAGAGAACGAUUUCGUAUAAAUGGGUUGGACAUAUCUGAAGAUAAAUUUCUACAGUAUUUUUGGGAUUGUUGGAACCAAUUGAAGGAAAAGGUUACUGAGAACCUGCCAAUGCCUCCAUUAUUUCAGUUCCUCACUGUUUUGGCUUUCAAGAUAUUUAUAUGCGAAAAGGUUGAUGUUGCUAUUAUUGAAGUUGGUCUUGGGGGCACGAAGGACUCAACAAAUGUGAUUGAAAAGCCUGUUGUCUGUGGCAUUACAUCUCUGGGAAUGGAUCAUACAGAGACCUUGGGAAAUACCCUUGCACUUAUUGCUUCACACAAAGCUGGAAUUUUCAAGCCUCAAAUUCCUGCAUUCACGGUGCCCCAACUUUCUGAAGCAAUGGAUGUUAUUCUGCAGAGAGCCCAUGAACUGAAGGUUCCAUUGAAAGUAGCGACACCUCUUGAUAAUGAACAGUUGAAUGGAUUGAAGCUUAGCUUGUCUGGUGAUCAUCAGUUCAUUAAUGCUGGUCUCGCUGUUUCCCUUUGUAAAUGUUGGCUUCAAAGAACGGGAAAUUGGGAAAAACUAUUCCAAAAUGAUAUCCAGGAAGCGAAUUUGCCUGAGGCUUUUCUAAGAGGUCUUUCAACCGCACAUAUUUCUGGGAGGGCUCAGAUUGUUUAUGAUACUUGUUCCCAAUCCUACAAUUCACUCAAAGUUUCUGAAAAUCCUUGUGGAGAUCUGGUCUUCUACUUGGAUGGAGCUCAUAGUCCUGAGAGCAUGGAGGCUUGUGCCAAGUGGUUCUCUAGUGCUGUGAAAGGAAACAUGAAAUCAUUAUCUACUUCUUUUAAUGUUGAAUGUUUGGAGGAAGUUUGGGGGAAUGGUCAUAUCCAACAUGCAAGAAAGAGUAUGGAGUCUGACAAAUUAUUAAAGCAGAUUCUUUUGUUCAAUUGCAUGGAUGUGAGAGACCCUCAGAUUUUGCUUCCUCGUCUAGUGAGCACAUGUGCUUCCUCAGGAACGCAUUUUGCAAAAGCCCUUUUUGUCCCAAGUAUGUCAACCUACAACAAGGUUACUUCUGGUGCCUCAGUCAUUCCUUCAGAUAUCUUUAACAGGGAUUUGUCUUGGCAAUUUAACCUCCAGAGACUCUGGGAAAAGAUUAUCCAUGUGAAAGAAGUAGAUACUUCGCUUGACAUGGGUGCCAAGAUGGACAAUGCAAAGAUUUUACCACCACAUGAAUUUCUUUAUGAGGAUGCUUCUCAUUGCAAUCCUGCGGAUAAUAAUUUUUCUUGCAGUGCAGUAAUGCCGUCAUUGCCAUUGACGAUAAAAUGGCUGCGGGAUUGUGUCAAAGAAAACCCGUCCGUAAGAGUUCAGGUUCUUGUCACUGGGUCAUUGCAUCUGGUUGGGGAUGUACUAAAGCUAUUGAAGAGGUGAUUUGUAAACUAAAGAUGGUGCUGCCAAAAAUAGGGAGGAUCAUCCAGAGCAUUCUUUUUCACUCAUUUGCAUAGCAUUGAUUUUAUACCACAUUGUUGAAGCAGCUAAUUAAGCUUCUAAAUUUCGUCAUAAGCCUGCCCAAACUGAUAAUAAUGUUCCUUUUGUAAGUGACUGUCCAGUGAUUUAUUUUGUAUAAUGGAAUACUGCUUGAUGUUUGUACCAUUAAUAAAAAAAAUAAAAUAAAAUUGAUUUGGUGUUUUA